UGUGAUAUCAUUGUGUUCAAAUAAAUCCGCUUUCUUUUAUGGGAAUUCCAAUAAAAUUUACAGAGUAAUCUCGUUAUUGUGAUAAAAACGCAAUCAUCAUUAAUUUGAUUUUAAAAGGUAUCAGAUUUUACAUUAUUCUCUUUGAGUGUAACAUCGGAAUUUGGAGAAGAAUCUUUCCAUACACCGAAACUGAUAAGGACUGAUUCAUAUCUGUCACGGGGCCAAGAAUCGGAACCGUAUGUACUCGCUCGCUUCCAGGAUGUCCAGGCAAAUCUUUUUGAUGUCCUCAUCGGCCGUCUACGGUUAUGAGUAUCUGCAGCACGCCGAGAAGGACAUGAUCGAGUAUUUUAGGAAGAACAACGUGUACAGGGUCUUGUUUAUCCCGUAUGCCCUGAAAAACCAUGAAGCAUACACCGAAAAAGUUGGCUCAGUUUUACGACGAUGGGGAUUCGAAUGCGAAGGUAUCCACCGGAAGCCAAACCCGGUGCAGGCCAUCAAUGAAGCUCAGGCCAUCUACAUUGGGGGCGGCAACACCUUCCUUCUCCUAAAAACUCUCUACGACAACAACCUUAUUGAGCCAAUCCGAGAACGGGUUAUGAACCAUCACAUACCGUACAUUGGUAGUUCAGCCGGAACUAACGUGGCCACCCGAAGCAUUCAAACCACAAACGAUAUGCCCAUCAUCUAUCCGCCGAGCUUCGACGGCCUUCGAUUGGUUCCCUUCAACAUCAAUCCGCACUACCUGGAUCCGGAGGAGGGCGGCAAGCACAAAGGUGAAACAAGGGAGGAACGCAUUUCGCAGUUUCACGAGCUGAACGAUGCUCCGGUGCUGGGCUUGAGGGAGGGUUGUACCAUGGUUGUGGAUGGUGAGAAGGCAACCCUAAUUGGUUCCUACGGAGCUCGGCUGUUCCGGAAGGGAAGGGAACCAGAGGAGCUGAAGAUUGGAGCCGACGUGAGCUUCCUACUGGAGGGGAAUUAGGAAAAAAAAACAGAAAAUUGAUUUUAUUUUGAAAAAUAUUAUUUUAGGAUAAAAAACCAAAAUGUGGCCUGGAUAAAAAUUCAAAGUUAAAUCUGUAUAUUUGAGUAACUCUAAAGUAUUAAAUAAAUAUUUUGAUUUAUA